ACAUCGGGAAGACAAGUUUGGCGAAGUUUCUCAGGGGAGCGCAAAAAGGGAACGAGGGAAGGAGAGAAGUACGGGAAUCCUCAUCCGCAGGCCCUUCCCCUCCCUUUAAAAAAUCUACCGUAUGUAUAUCUGGAGCUUAAUUCACCCUGGUGCGCAUCGCCCAAACUUGACCCGGUGGACCGUGGUCCUGAUCGGACGGCCAGCAGGUAGAGUUGGUGGGGCCCAUCUCGGGAAAGAGUCGCAUCGCCGCAGGGUGGGGAGGGAUUGGAGGAAUGAAAGGAGGCGCCGGGUGGUUCUAGGGUUUUGCUCGCACGCGCCUUUUGUGUGUCUGAGUGAUCUGUUAUUUGGGAGGGCGAGUGGAGGGAAGGGGAAAAUAUGUAAGCGUUUUCGAAGUGGGGAGGGGGACGGAGGCCGAGAUGGAUUCGCAGAAGCAGGAGAAGGAGGAGGACGACGACUGCCGGAGAACCGACCUAAGAAUGGCCGGCGGCGGCAGCAGCGGAGGAGGAGGCGGCGGCGGCAGCAGCGGAGGUGGAGGCGGCGGCGGCGGCAGCGGGAUGACACUGCCGCCCCGGACCGCCAUACCGGUCCACCGGUUCAUAAUCCCCAAACCGGAGCCUAUCGACAUGAGGGGAGGGUUCCAGAUUCUCCGGCGGCCGACCGGGCGGACCAAGGAUCGGCACACGAAGGUGGAGGGCCGGGGAAGGAGAAUCCGGAUGCCGGCCCCGUGCGCCGCCCGGAUCUUCCAGCUGACCCGGGAGCUCGGCCACAAGUCCGACGGCGAGACCAUCCGGUGGCUCCUCCAGCACGCGGAGCCGGCGAUCAUCGCAGCCACGGGCUCCGGCACGGUCCCGGCCAUCGCUACCAACGUCGGCGGGACCCUCAAGAUCCCGAGCGAGGCCCCGUCGACAGCGCCAGUGACUUCCACCUCCACCCCUGCCGCGGUCGCCGCCGGGGAGGAGGCCACCAAGAAGAGGCGGCGAAAGCUCCAGCCGUCCCGCGCUGCUGGGGCCGGCGUAGCCGCGGCGGCGGUCUACUACCCCGUCCAGGACCCGUUGCUCCCGGGCAGCGGUGCGGCAUCCAUGUCCACGGGGCUGGCACCCAUCGCGGCGGCGCAGGGUAUGGUGCCGAUGUGGGCCGCCACCGCGGGCGGCAGAGUGAUACCGCCUGGGGCGUUGUGGAUGCUCCCGCCGCCCUCUGCCAUAGCAGGGCCUUCGAGCCAGCCACAGCUUUGGACGUUCCCGUCGGUCCCACAGAUCAUCAACCUGGCAACGGCCCGGACCAUCUCGGCCGCCACGGUGUUCCCCCCCGUAGCCGUUCCCCCCGCGGCGGAGCCGCCGUCGUCCGCCGCAGCGGCCGGAAGUUCCGCGGCGAGCGCGCCGGCGGCCGGAGGAGAUAGGGCAGAGCUCCAGCUGAUGGGCGAUUCCGGCGAGCAACGCCACCGCCAAGAUGAAAGUCAGAAGGAGAAUCACGAGGAGGAGGAGGAGGAGGAGGAUGAGGAGGAGGAGGAGGAGGAGGAGCUCUCUGAGAGCAGUCCCGAAGAUUAAACUAUUUUUUCACACAGAGAACUUCUCCCCCUUCUUCUUCGUCUUUCUUUUUUUAUUUUUAAAUUUUUGUUGAACUUAAAUUAAAAUGGUCUGUAGUUCCGGGAAGCACCGCGGCCAUGGACGACAUCCGGCCAUUUCUCUGUAGCUCGGGGUCGGCGCAUGCGCACGUGCGAGAUACGUGCUCUUUAACUUUUACUCAGCUGCUUUUUAACUCGUGUGGAGUUGGUGGUCCCGGGGUAGAGGUAGGGUCCUGAGAGGGUGGGAAGUUGGGCGGCUGGACCGUGGACCGUGCUUGGGGAAUGGGAAAGGGGUGGGGCUGCGUGAGUGGGCCACGACCUGUCCGUCGCGGGUUGGUUCGGGCCCCAAGAGCGUGAGGAGGAGGUUUGGGGUGGGAAAUUGGGGGCGGGCGAGAUGAUGUUGUGGUGGUCUCGGCGGCACCGGGAGGGUGAAAAGGUUGGGGAGGUUCUUGUUAUGUUGGGUGGAUGGGGCCCAAGGAGGUGUGUGGCCGUGUGGAGUGGGUAUUUGGGUACACUCGUGCGGUCCUUAGUGGAGUCGGGGGAGUGGGUUGUAGCGUGGGAUCGGGUCUCCAGAGGGACACGUGGAUGUGGGUGACGUGGACCCGGAAUAUCCUUCAGCUUCUAGUCUUGUAAAAGGCUCCCCCGUCUCUCAGUUGUUAACUGUUGUUUUGAGCUGCAUGUCUGAUGGAUCAUUUAACGGAGAGGAGGUGGUGGAUGUGUUUUAUUUUCUAAUCAGGUGUAUCAUUUGGAAUGAGGGUUUAGGCUUGUAUGUUUUUUCUCCCUUUCUCCGGGCUAAUCAGAAGCUUUGUAUCUUUCUGGUCUUGUGAACUGUGGUUGUGGAAUCUUAUGUUGUUCUGA